AGAUACUACUACCUAAUAUUAUUGUUUAUGUAAUACUAAAACACAGUUUUAGACAUUUUGCGCUGUUUAAAUUUAAAAGAAAAACAACCAAAACGUCUUGCAGACGUCAAAAAUGUUCUCGGGCUUUCCUGCCGCUGAACAUCGCACUGCAGAGCCGAGGGGGCCGAGGCCUAGAGCGGCCCAACCACCCCGCCCCAUGGCGAUGCUUCCGGUUUCUUACCGGAAGCUUAGCCCACGUCAAUCCCCGUUCUAAGGCAGCCUUCCACGUGACCCGUCACCUGAUCCCCUGCCAGGAGCUUCUCUCAUUGCUGGCCUGGGGAGCGACGGAAGCGGAGUCUACCAGACCAGAGCUGAGGAGGGGCCGGCAGGAGCUGCAGGGGGGCGCCGCGGCCGACACCGUCAUGGCCAGCCAGUCGCAGGGCAUCCAGCAGCUGCUGCAGGCCGAGAAGCGAGCCGCCGAGAAGGUCGCCGAGGCCCGCAAGAGGAAGAACCGGCGACUGAAGCAAGCAAAGGAGGAAGCCCAGGCUGAAAUUGAACAGUAUCGCUUCCAGAGGGAGAAGGACUUCAAAGAGAAGGAAGCCGCGGCUCUUGGUUCCCACGGCAGUUCCACCACGGAGGUGGAAAAAGAAACCCAGGAGAAGAUGGUCAUCCUGCAGAACCACUUCCAGACCAACCGGGAGGAGGUCAUCAACCGCCUGCUCAACUUUGUCUGCGAGAUAAAACCAGAAAUCAAUUUGAAUUACCGCAUCAAUGGAUAGGGGAGUGGUCCAGCUUCCAGGAAGUAUUCAGCGGUACCACCAUCACUGUGUCAGGCAGGACUUCAGCUGUACUCCUCCUUUUUGUAAAAGAUCUCCUUUCCAAGAAUUGUCAAUCACCCCUUUGGCUGAAUCCUCUUCUUACCUCUUUUUGUAGCGUUUCUGGAGCUCAUCCAAAGAGAGAUGCUAGUUCUGUGUCUCCAAAAGUGCUUUAUGUUACAAUAAUGGAAGUGGAAAGUUAACUUCUGGAAAGUAUUAGAAUUGGCAUCUUGUAUUUGAGAGGCAGGAACGAUGCAUCGUUAAGUUGUAAAACAGGUGAACCAGAUAACUUUGGCAAGCAGCAGUCCCCACCGAGGUGUGGCGUUUGUUCAUCAAGUUGUGAAUUUACCAUACAGGCUAGUCCAGUGGUUUGUGAAAGUGUUUGAAGUAGGAUCUAUUCUAAUAAUUAUACUCUGUAUAUUCUCCUGUUUAACUUGAACUGGAAGUCUGCCCUUAGGGGCCCUUGAAGAAAAGUAAAGCUCUAAUUUAACCUGGA